CCAGGCUUGCGCUCGAAUGGCAUGCUCCCUCUCGAGUGCCCAUAAUGUCGUCCAAAUCAAUCGCGCCGAUCGAGAUAGGGUCGUUUACCGCCUCGUCGCCCGAAAAGACGGAGUUCAUUGGCAGCGCGAGCGGCGUCUUUUUCGUCAACACCGUCUUUCGCGCCUUUGCUCGAUCGGCCUACAACUCCAAGACGCUGGCUUCCAAUGACCCAUCGGCACAGAAUGACCCUGGCUCGGUCGACAGUCGGCUCGUCGAUCCAGAGACCCCCAUGCAGCUGGACCACGAGAGCGCGGGAAUGAGGGUCCUCAUUGAGAACGAAACUGGGCCGAACUCCUACGGCGUCAAGGGGCAUGGACUGGGGAUUGCGCCAGAACAAGAGUCCGCCAGGGAGCUUCUAGUGCUCUACCUCAAGAACUGGCAUCCUCUGUUCCCAUUUCUACAUGGGCCGACCCUCUUCGAAACCAUCCGCGGCCUGUACGAGACUGACGGGCAGCGGAAGCUUUCACUGAGGAACCGUUUAUGCCACGCCAUCAUCUGCCAAUGCAUCUUCAACAUUGCGGCGCUUGACCAGCCCGAUGGAACUCUUGCCCCAGAAUCGCGACUGGAUUCCCCCGCUAAAUUGCUCUCCCUUCUGGGGUACGUUGCCAGCAACCACGACAACCUCUCAUUACAGGCUCUGGUGGCCGCUCAGCUCUAUCUCGUGGCGACCAUGUCCCUGCGGGCGGCGUCGACGAUAGGAGGAACCCUGACGCGGGUGAUGUACCACGCAGGUUUCCACCGAUGCGCCUUCCGGUAUCCCCAGCUGUCACCUCACGAGUGCGAACUGCGGAAGAGGAUCUUCUGGACCGCCUACGUGCUGGAUCGCUAUUUGAGUCAAGCACUGGGCCAUCCUCUGGGCAUUCAAGAUUCCGACCUGGACGUUUGCAUCCCGGGCAUGGACGAGCUUCACAAACCGGUCAAGGCAAGCCAGCAGUCCAUCAGUCGCCUGCCCGCCGAGGCACUCCUAGCUCAUCUGCCUCGCGGCCAUCACAGGCGUGACUCGCGCUCAGAAGAACCCACGACCUCAGAACAGGCUGGCGGCCCCGCGACCGGCUCGGAUCCAGAGUCUCCCAGUUUGGAUCCCUCGAUGGACGCCAGUUUUUCGCAGCCAUCCCAAAGCUCCCAGAUCCUGGGCCAUUAUGUGCUCUAUUGCCGGCUCACCGGCCAGGCAGUCCAGAUAUUCCACAUCUCGCUUCAAAACCGGAUGAUAAAUGCAGAACGAAUGAUGGAGCUUCAGUCAAACGUCCACGCGUGGUGGAAUGGCCUGCCUCAGGAACUACAGGACGAGUAUACCGGGGACGGAGUGAAACUAGCCCGGACUUUCACCUUCUUCUUUUCAGUACUGUACAAUCAUCUCUUGCUUCUCAGUAACCGUCCGUUUCUGUCCCUCUCGCCAAAGUCCCUAGAAUUCAAAUCGAGUCUGCAGACAUGCAUUGCAGCAAGCCGACAGAUUAUCACGACCUCGAGGCGUCAACACGACCGCGGCUUGAUUGUAUCUUGGCCCGGAAUGCUAUCAGCAACGUGGAUGGCAGGGCUGGUUUUGGCUUUUGCUUGCACAUUGAAACGAUAUCCAUUCAGCAAAGCGCAAAGAGAAAUUGAGGAUUCCAUUCGCAAUCUCUCGGCGAUGGCAAAGAGCUGGAACAAUGCGAGACACUGUGCAGAAGCCCUCCAGUCCCUGUUGGAGAACCUGACAGCACAAUAUAACAGGGGGCAGAGUGUCCUGGCCUCUCCCUCAUCCUCCAACAUGGCUGGCACUGGAACUUCAAUGCCAGCCGCAGCCGGAGGGCCAACAGAACCAACUGCUGCGCAGCUCCCCUUCACUGAAUCGAGUGAACCCUCCAGGAAAAGGAAGAGGACCAGUCGGGGCCAGCAAGGACAGAAGCAACACCAAAGCGAGUUGCCUGACACGACGAACGGUCGCUCGAGUCAGUCUCAAACAAUCAACCAAGACUUUGACGCCGACUCGUAUCAACUGCCCAGCCUCAACAGCGGGCCCAUGUUCCCGAUUCUCGAAUACACAGGACCGGAUUUUGGUUUCAGCAACGGACAAUACCCAACAAUGGACGACUUUGAGUUCCUCGGCCUGCCAGUUUCGGACGAUCUGUACCCAAAUAAUUCUGGAGCCUUUGGUAACAUCGGAUGGGAGGCGAUGGCGAACGGCUCCGGCAACAUGCAGAGCUGGGCCACUUGGGGCACCCCAAAGAUUUGA